UUAGCAAACGCUAAAAGGAAGGAAUGCUAACUAACUUGUACAAAGUUUUGGACUCAACAAUGUCGAAACAUUCCGAGGAGCUACAACACCUGAGUGUACAGCCCUCAGGACGUUGGGUGUGGAGGGAUGAAAGUCGAACAGUGGAGUUUGUCAGUCCAGCAGAGGAGUGUGUUUUGAGAAAAAGGAGGCAAACUAAUGUCAAUUUCAAAGAGCUUCAACAGCGAGCAGAGUGGUAAGGUCUACAACAAGGGGCCACAUACAGAAAAAUAUAUUAUGGGCUGGGCCACUCACUACAGGCUGGCUGAGAUCUGCACGUUGAACCAUAGAGGGCGCCAGAGCAUUAGAAAGAGCCUGCGUCCUGCUCAUCUGCAUGCCUACAGGUCCUCUGUGAUGAGGCGGCGAGGAGACUGCAUUACAACUGAUGAUGUUAAACAGGUGGCUGUGAGUUUGCUACAGGAGAAUUACUUGCUUCCAAUUCCAUUCAGCUUCAUGGCUGUAUUAAAGUGUAAAGCUCUUGAUGACGUCCUGCCUGCCCUUCUCCUUUACCUGUCCUGUUUCUUUGAACACAAGUCUCUGGAGGAUAUGCCCAAAUCUUCAAUGGCUGUCGACCGCAUCACAGAGCACAAGAUGAUGGCAGAGGCUUUUGCCAAAAAGGAAAUAGCACAAAAGAAGCUGGCUGUCUGCUACUUCAGCCUAAUGAUGGACCUGGAGAUGGAACAGCAUCAACACACAGCAUAUCAAAAGGGCCGGAUGUUCUCAAACAGCACAGACUGGCUGCUGCAUGCGUGCUUGUACAGCUUCUUCUGUUAUGCAGCCUGGGUGACGUUUGGCAGGAAGGACCUGAGGGACAUCCAAGAGGAGGUGGGGCGUCUUCUGUACUCUGACACCUUUAACAUGGCAGUGAGAAACAGGACUGAUGGGGACUCAGGGACGACCUUCACUGCUGUUAAUGGUUCAGUGAAGACGGGAGAAGCUGACCCCGAGGAGACGGAAUGGAAUAGCUCAUUUAAGCACAGAAUGCCUCAGAGACGUCCCUCCCUCAGCAGUAUAGUUAAUCAGCGAUCCCCACUGAUGAUGUCUCUGCUGCCCUCGCCCAAAGAGCGCUCCCCCCAUCUGUUCCUCGGCAACCAGGCCGGGGGACAGAGCCCGCUGCAGGCCGGCCCCUGUGACACUAAGGUCCUGAUGGAGGAGCUCAACCAGCAGCUGGCAACUCUCAGCUUCGGGAUUCUCGGCAAGCCCUUGAUGCAGUUCAGCCGCAGCACUCUGACACCCUAUGGAGAGCAAGAGAACAACAAAGAUGAGGAUUACAGCCAUGAACCAGAGAGUGAUGUUAGUAACAACAGUGAGGAUCAUCCUGGCGUCCAUGUUGGAGGUAGCAGGUCAUCCUUCAUGGAAGCCAAGUCCACAGGCCGUGUCAGAUAUGGCAGCACCCCCCGCUCACACACAAGACGCUCUGCAGCUACUGUUCAGGCACUGACCUCACACACUGAAUGAUGUGUAUGUGUGAAAGUGGCAGAAUGUUUUGAGUGUGAGUGUGCAUUUGUAUUGGUAUAACAAAGACAACCUCCAGCACACAGGGGUCAGAAAAAGAGAACGAUUCAAGUUUUCUUUCUGCUGUGCGGCUCAUUUUCAGAAAUACCUCCCUGGACCACACACACACACACACACACACACACACACACACACCACACACACAC